AUGAGAAAACUGCAGUUCCCAUUCAACUGCCUCCUCUCCACUCCGUCUCGCCAGGUGCUGCUGUUCGCAUCAGACAGCUUAUUUCAGGAGCUCUCGCCUGCACUCCUUGCAGCAGCACUGCUCCCGUGCCUCUCAUUCAAGUUUGCAUUCAAUGAGCUCUCGCCCGCACUCCUUGCAGCAGUAGCAGCAGCAGCAGCAGCAGCAGCAGCAGCAGCAGCAGCAGCAGCAGCAGCAGCAGCAGCAGCAGCAGCAGCAGCAGCAGCAGCAGCAGCAGCAGAAGCAGCAGCAGCAGCAGCAGCAGCAGCAGCAGCAGCAGCAGCAGCAGCAGCAGCAGCAGCAGCAGCAGCAGCAGCAGCAGCAGCAGCAGCAGCAGCAGCAGCAGCAGCAGCAGCAGCAGCAGCAGCAGCAGCAGCAGCAACAGCAGCAGUGCCCCACCUGCCCCUAAUUCAUCAAGCUUUCGCUUCUCUUCUUAAAUGCCUCCUCUCCUCCCCGCCUAGCCAGCAGAGUCCACUCUGUGUGUAG